CCGGCGUCCGUCCGCCUCCCGGGUGUUCCAGGCCGGUGUGUGACGCAGGGAAACGCGCACCGAAUGGUGGCGGCUUCGGAAGGCGACGGUUGGUUCGGGGAGCGGCGGCGCUGAUGGAGCCGGAUCCGCGGGACGCGCCCCGGCAUGAGGCCCGAGCCCAGGCUCCCGGCCGCGACUGACACCAAGCGGCCAUGCGCUGCAUCCUGCGCCUUUGCCUCCUGGCCGCGCUCUUUCCCGGCUCCAGACUCGGCCCCGACUCCGACACCGGCUCCGGCUCAGGCUCAGCCCUGCGAGAUCCAUAUCAGAGUGAGUGCUAUUACAGGAAAAUCUUUUGUCACGAGAAAGCUAUCUGCCAGCUGGACUUGGUGACUCAAUUGUUUUACUGUCGAUGUCUGCCUGGAUAUACUGGAGAUGGAAUGAAUACCUGCCAGGAACCCGAGGGCUUGAUCACUGUGUCUGAUCUGGGAAGUUGCAACAGAACAGAAGUCCAAACUUGCCUCAUAACAAAACAAGUUGGAGGAAACGUGACCUUCCGUGUGUCUGUCUCUGGUUAUAAUCUGGAGCACAUUGCUUGGUUUAAAUUUUACGCUUCUCAGGGACCAAUUUUUCACAGGUAUACAGGCUGCAAAGGAGCAGUUACAGGAGAAGACUGACUCCUCCCGCUGAACUGCUCCCCGGGAUCACGCUGAAGAACCAGAACCUGGCCAUGGAGUUGGACAACAUCAGUGAGGACGAUUUCUACCCCAACAUGUUCUGGGUCGAGUUUGAAUCCGAGAUUUUCAAACAGAUGGAAGGUGCUACAGAACCGUAUGAUGAUGCCCCGUUUGAGUUACUGAAUCCCACGCGGAUACGGUAUUACUUCAUUCUUGACAGCCCUCCAAUUGAUAUUGGAGAAUAUUUAGUAGGAGAUAAAAUCCAAAUGUACAUAACACCCUACCUGGCAAUCUCCGAGACCGCGUUUGUUCGAUGGUUUAUGGAGCCCUCAGAACUCUCACGGUCUGGGGAAAAUAUCACCAUGUUAACUGAGGGAGCAGAUGGCAUUUUAAUUAACGGGAUCAGGGACGAAGAAUUUGGCCACAUCCGAGCUGUUGUUUAUGAUUUUACAAAGGAAAUACCCGGGAAGGUGGCUGUAGGACAAAGACUGUUUGAUAUCCGGAAAGACAUAAGCAAGACCUGCACAGGGAACAUUAGGAGCACUCACACCUGCCGAUGCAAUGAUGGCUUCGAAGGAAAUGGUGUUCACUGCUUGGAUGUUAAUGAAUGUACAGAAGGAACAUCCUAUAUUUGCCUCCCAGGAGCAACGUGUGUCAACACCCCUGGCUCCUACAAGUGUCAAUGUGAAAAGGGGUAUGAGGGAGAUGGCAUAUAUUCCUGCAUAGACAUUGAUGAGUGUCUCCUGCAACACCAUUCCUGCAGCCCCAAUGCCUUCUGUGUCAAUACCCUGGGAUCCUUCACUUGUCUUUGCCAGACUGGACAUUUUGGUGAUGGUAUUCACUGCAUUGCCUCCAGUACAUGGACCCCCUGGUCGCCAUGGUCAGUCUGCACUGCGACGUGUGGGGUGCAGAACAAAAUGCGUAUCCGUGCGUGCACGCACCCAGAGAGCGGAAUGCGUUGUGAGGGACCGUCGGCUGAACUGAUGGGUUGUGAAGUGCUUACACCUUGUCCAGUGAACGGGCAGUGGUCUGAAUGGUCACCAUGGUCCCCAUGCACUGCCUCCUGUGCUGGCAUCAAGAGACGAGUUCAUAUCUGUGAUAAUCCCUCUCCGGCCGGCGGGGGCGUCCCGUGCAGUGGUCCCCCCGAACAGGUCAUGCCAUGUGGAAACGCCGACUGCCAAGUCACUGGGUCUUGGUCGGCGUGGACAGCGUGGAGCCCUUGUCCGCUCAGCUGUGGAAUGGCAAUAAUGAAACGUUCCCGUACCUGCAAUGCUCCAGUCUCCACGGAAAGUGUAACUUACUGUGCGGGGCAUAGCCAGCAGGAAAGAUCUUGUGGAUUUCCGGUGAGGACCAAGUUUUAAUGUUGCUCUACUCUGUCCCCAGUACCAAAGCCUUCAACACAAACAAGGUGUGCACAGAAAGCAGUGAGGACCUGGGCAUCUCCAGGGCCCAGGAGCUGAUGUUGAAGGAAGAGGUGUGGUACAGUGACUGAGA